UUUGCAAAACGCUUCCAGUGGUGGUGCGGUGUCAUUUUGCAGGUUCCUUGGGCAAAAAGCCCCCGUGCAGAAGAGGGGCGGGGGGCAGAAGGCAGACCGAGAAAAGGCAGCUUUAAAAAGUUUUCUUUCGAAGGCGAGAGGGCUGCUGGCGAUCGGCCCGGGCUGGGGCAGGAGGCAGAGGUGCACGAGGCCCCUCCCCUGUAGCGGCCGCAGCCUCCCCUCAGCCAGGGCUGUGCUGGGCACAGCGGCAGGUGCCAGGCAGCAGCCGUAGCCGCCCCCGCUCUUCGAAACCGCCCGAGCCGGCUCCCCAGGCGCAGGGAGGCGCGGAGGCGGCCCCAAGGGAGGCAGCAGCCACCUACCCCGAGUAUUUAGAGGGGCCGGUCCCGGCUGAGGCUGCCUCGGGCAGGAGCUGAGCGCGGACUGUAUCGCUAUGAAGCGGGGAGGCAUCGCGAACCCGGCUUUCGAGCCCUCCAGCCCCGACCUCCGUCUCAAGCCCAGGGCCAGCGUCAGCCGCCCACGCUCGCCCCCCGGCCGCCCCCCGCCGGAGUGUGAGGAGGGGCCGUGCGGAUGGGGCAGCUUCACCCCUAGGGCUCUGCAGCUGUGCAACAACCCCGAGGGCUACCUGAGCGCCUACAGCCUGCUGGCCGUCUUCCAAGGUAUUGUGGUGAAUGGCCUAGUAAAUGUUAGUAUUUCCACUAUUGAAAAACGUUUUGAGCUGAACAGUUCCCUCACUGGUGUCAUCUCUGCAAGCUAUGACAUUGCUUUUUGUGUAUUGUCGCUGUUUGUAGCUUUCUUUGGAGAAAGAGGGCACAAACCAAGAUGGCUCGCCUUUUCAUCAUUUAUGAUAGGAUUGGGAUCACUUGUGUUUGCCUUGCCACACUUUGCUGCUGGAAUAUACCAAUAUGGAUCUAAACUUGAAG